UAGUACUUACUAGUAGAUGUAGUCUACAUAAUAAGAAUCUAGAAUCUAGAUCUACCUAGUCCUAGAAUCUAAAUAAAAAUCUGUAUGAGACAGUGAAUGAUCUACUCACUACUGUUCUACUCUACUGUGACUAGUUUUGAUGGCCUUUAUUUGAAAGAGAUAUAUCACAUGCAACAGACUUGACUGAAGAAUGAUGCUGAUGUUUAACAAAUAUGCUACCUGUGAAUUUAUCUAACAAACACAGUUUUAAAUGUCCCUCCUAAAUAAUAGUCCUGUUCAGCCCAGUGAAAUCCUCAUCUCCAGUGAGGAUGAAGAUGAAAUUCAGACGCACCAUAGGCACACUUCUGUCAAUGAAAUAAGAAGUAUUAGAAGUUUAAUAAACCAAACAAGGAUGCUAUUAGUAAAGGCAGAAGCUGAAUCUCGCCCAGAGCCAUACAGAACUGAAAUGACUUCCAUAUACAAAUACUCAUUUUCAUCUAACGUUAAAGUAAACGACUUAUUUAGAGACCAUGAAAUGACAGAACUGUUAAAUAUAAUGUCCUUGCUAAAAAGUCGGCUGAGCGCUGAACAUGUGUUUGCAUUGGGAUGUCCGCAGCAUCCAGAAGAGCGUAAAAUUUAUGAUGAGCUUGUUAUGCAUUAUUCUGACCAACUCUUGGAAACUUUGGGAAAUGUCUCAGACAGUUCUUUGCCUCCUCGAGAAGGUAGAGAAAGUGUUUUUCAUAGCAAUUUAGGUCUUUCAAAUGUAAAUCCAGAGUUAGGUCCUUCGACAUCUUGGCAGUCGAGGCAUGAUUGUGUUCUGCCCAAAAAUUCUCACGCUCUUAAAAAUUGUGAACUUUUAGGCAAUGACAAUGGUUUGGAAGUAAUUAACCAUCAGAAGAACAUAGAAGAAUUACUGCAGAAUGUACAGAAAUUAACUGACCUUUUUCAUUUAGAUUAUAAGAAUUUAGAGGAAAAGUGGAAUGAUCCAGAAAUACAGACAGUUUUAAAUGCUAUUUAUUCUUCAUUAACUGCAGCACUCAAGUUUAAAACAGAAAACAGAGCUGAAGGGGCUCAGAGUUUAUCUCCUAGUCAAAGAAAGAGAAAAAGAAGUGGGGAUGAUGUCAGUAAGUCAGAAAGUAAGAAAUCCAAGGAAGGAGACACAAGUAUCUCUCAUGAGGAAGAAGAAAACUGUUCAGUAUGUCUGGAGCCAUGGACCACAGGGGGUGAGCACAGAGUUACCUGCCUGAAGUGUGGACAUCUCUUUGGCAUGAGCUGCAUUUUGAAGUGGGUGGAACAGGCUCACUGCUGCCCACAAUGCAAGGCGCCAGCUAAGAAAUCUGAUUUGAGAAAUAUUUUUGUUACAAGAAUAACAGCUGAGGAUACAUCAGAAAGAGAUAGAGCUCUCAAACUUCUGGAGGAAGAGAAAGCAGCCAGAAGACAGUUAGAGCAGAAAGAGGCCCAGGCCAGACAUAGACUGGAGCUGCACAUUGCAGAUAAUGAGGCGCUUAGAACUGAACUGAUUCAAUUACGUUCUGCCUUCUCAGCAGGACCUUCAACUGUGAUAGCUCCCAUCCAGCAGGCUUGUAAUCCCAGCUCUCAAAGUAGCCAGGCUGUCAGUAGCAACAAACGUUACCAUCAGUUCAUGAAAAUUAAUAUAGCUCAGGAUGCUAACUGCCGUGUGUUUGAAUAUAGCAGAGAACUUGGAAUGGUCGUCGUGUCUCAAAAGUCUACAAAUGCAUUGUUUAGAGGUUAUGGAAUUAAAAUGUUUUCAAGAGACUUGAAGCCACUGUCUUACCAGCCCCUUCACUCUGGUGCUAUUCGAGACAUGUGCUUCAGGCCAGCUUCCUACGAUGGCCAGCUGCUAAGCUGUGGAUUAGAUAAGUCUAUACAGUUGACCAGUGUCACAAGUAAAGUGGUCAUUCAAAAGUACACUGUGAGCAGUACUGUCUGGUGUUGUGCCUGGAACACUGGUAACACAAAUCUUUUCUACGCAGGCUUGGAGAAGGGUGUGGUCAGAGAGUUUGACAUUAGGAUGACCAACACUCAUGUUCAAGAUAUAAUGGAUAGUGGUGGUUGUCCCAUUAGCAACAUUCAAUAUUGGAACAGUACGAACAAUAUCCAAGGACUGUUGAUUGCCCAGUUACAGAAUGUGACAUUCAAACAAUAUGUGAAUGACCAGUAUACAACUCAUGUGCUACCUGCAAUGCAAAGUCCAUUGGUGAGUCUAAGUCUACACAACAGUGGCUACUUCUUGUCUUCUUACCGACCUGGAGCCCAUUUACAGAAGUGUCGAUAUGAGAUCUGCAGUCUGACUCAGAACCCAGAAGAAAACACAUUCUCUUUGAAUCGACAAGCAGUAUGGGAUGGGGGCAACAUGCAGGUGGUCAUUAGUAGGAACGCACUUAUCUCACACCCUGAAUCUGACAACGACUUGCUGGCUGUAACUGCCAACCACUGCAAUAACUUAGUCAGUGUGUGGGACGUGACCAAGAAACAAGAGUUGCAGUCCUUACCAUGUUAUGACAAAGCUAUUGACAUUAAGGCUAUAUCUCACAAUGGUGGAGACUGGUUAGGUGUCCUGACAGAGAAAGACUUAGUGCUGUAUAAAUGGAGAGAGUAAAUCUUGUGUGAACUAACAACUGUUGGUUUUAAUGUUGACAUUAUGAAAAUAUAAGAGCUGUGCACUGUCUCAGAAGAAAUGUGGACCACUUUUCUCAGAUACAGUAUUCUGCUACGGCUUCCAAAUGACAAGAGGAAAAUCAGUGACUCCAAAAACUUUUUGUGAGGCAUCCUUGUCUAAUUACAUGAUGUUUUCCAAGAGCAGAAAGAAGAGAGUUAUGUUAGAGCUUCAUUACAUUAGCAGAGCAAAACAUUUCUUGUUGAAAUCACUAUAACCAUCAUCUAUUUACUUGAGUCUCUAAGGGCAUUACAUGUUUUUUGGCAGCUCAGUAUUACAUGACCAGGUUACAUCAGGAGACUUUUAAUGUGUUCAAUAUUUCACUGUAUACAAGUUUUUUUGUUUUUUUUUUAUAUCAUCUACCUGAGUGAUAUAGCAAAAUGCAGAUUUAAAAACCCAUUUUUUGUGUAUAUUCUAUCUACAUUUAGACAUGCAUUUGAUUUCUGUCUAAAGAAAUAAACAAUACAAACACUUUCA